AUGAGGAUAAUGGUAAACCAUGAAAACGUCGCUUUCUUCAACGAGCUCGUCAUCAGAGGAAUACUUUUAAUAAUAUUUAUAGUAACUGAUGAUAUGAAGCCAUUUUUUAGAGUUAUUCAACCAGAAGAGAUGUGGCUCUAUAAAAAUCCCUUCGUAGAGAAUGAUCAAGCUCCUUUUGAAAUAGUUUUGUGUAUUGCUAUAUUUCUACCAUUGGGCGUUAUUGCAAUAUUGUUCAUCUCACAAAGAAAAAAAAACGAUGCCAUUCAGAGCUUUCUAGCUCUUUCUCUCGCUCUCUGUUUAAAUGCUGUUAUUACAAAUAGUGUGAAGCUGACAGUUGGCAGGCCACGACCUGAUUUCUUCUUUCGAUGUUUUCCUGAUGGUCACAUGACUGAUAAUCUAGAGUGUAAUGGUGAUGAAGAAGUCGUGAUUCAAGGAAGAAAAAGUUUUCCCAGUGGGCAUUCAUCAUUUUCUUUCACGGGCCUUGGUUUCACUGCCAUGUAUUUAGCAGGAAAGUUACAUUGUUUUCACCCGAGGGGACGUGGUGUGGCAUGGCGGCUCUGUGUACCCAUUAUACCACUCCUUGUUGCUACUUUUAUUGCAAUAUCAAGAACACAAGACUACAAACACCAUUGGCAAGAUGUUCUCGUGGGUUCUAUUUUAGGAUUGAUCAUAGCGUACCUCUCAUAUCGCCAGUACUAUCCACCAUUGGAUUCCCCUCAGUGUGAUUCACCGCACAUUGAUAUCAUCGAAACAAACACAGAGACAACAAAUAAAGAAUUACAGACUGUGAAAUAUGUUUAAUUAUAAUCAUAUGACAGUUUAUCUUAAUUUUAACAUUUCCACAAUGAUUCGUGGCAGCUUUGCCUCAUGGGAAAUUUCUAAUGUACAGUUACUGAUCUUCCCAGGAGGGAUGGCUCAGGUAAACAGACCAAAGAGAAGGUAUGACACUGACAGGAGUACGACCACAGGUAUAGCUAAACACUUUGAUUUCAAACAAUGUAAAUUUUGAAUAAACUGGUAUAAUGAUGACCAAUAGUUUUAGCAUUUGAAGUGCAA